CACCAUGGUUGCUUACCAAUGCAUUGCCAGGCUUCCAACAUGGUGGGGUCGAACGGGAGGCUCUGCAACGGAGCACCAGAGCUGAAUUUGCAGCGCUUGUCUCUUCUCCCACCAGCUCUAGAGACCCCUCUUAGAUUUACAAUACUUCAAUCGAUCACACACGAUGUCCAAUAAAGCUGCAUACAUUAUGGAGGCCAAGGCCAACCCAUUGCAGGUCAGGGAAGCUCUUUUGCCGUCUGCCGGUAAAGGAGAGGUCGUUGUCAAGAAUUACGCUGCUGCUGUUAAUCCGGUAGACUGGAAGAUCCAGGAUUACGGCAUCUUCCUCCAGAAGUACCCCAAUGUCUUGGGCACAGAUGUAGCCGGCGAAGUCCACGAGGUUGGCGAGGGCGUCACACACGUCAAGAAAGGGGAUCGUGUCCUAGGUCACGCCUUCUCCCUUGUAUCCAAUAACCCAGCCCAGGGUGGCUUCCAGCUCUACACGUCCCUCAACGCCCUCGUCGUCGCUAAGAUCCCCGACUCCCUUUCCUACACUUCCGCCGCUGUUCUCCCCCUCGCCAUAUCGACCGCUGCAGCCUGUCUUUUCAAAAAGGAGACACUCGCUCUUUCCCUCCCGGAGAUCUCAGAUGCCAACCCGCUGUCAAGUGGCAAGUCGGUGCUCGUCUGGGGCGGUUCGAGCAGUGUGGGCGCAACUGCAAUUCAACUCGCAACCGGAGCCGGACACAAGGUUGUCAGUGUCGCAUCAAAGCGCAACAUCGAAGGUGUCAAGGCGCUGGGCGCCGCGGCGGUGUUCGACUACAACUCGUCCUCUGUCGCGGACGACAUCAUCGCCGCUCUCGAGGGAACCGAGUUCGCUGGCAUCUGCGACGCGAUCGGCACACCUGACGCUGCGAAGGCAUGGACGCCUGUCUACAGGAAGCUCGGCGGCAAGUACGGGUCUGUGAUGCCGGGCGCUCAGGGCCUGCCUGACGGUAUCGAGGGCACGAGUGUCUUCGCACCGAGUAUUGCGCUCGAUGAUAGGUACAUUGGCGACGUUGUGUGGGCGAAGUGGGUGCCAGAAGCUUUGCAAAAGGGUACUCUCAAGGCGCAACCUGAGGCAAUCGUUGUCAAAGGCGGUCUAGAGUCCGUGCAGGAGGGCCUGAACAAGCAAAAGGCUGGUGUUAGCUUUGGCAAGAUUGUCGUGGAGCUCUAGGAAGGCAGCCCUUCAGUACGAGCUCUGACGAUUAAGACGUCGUUAGAUGAUUGAAGCGAAUAAAUUCGGUAUCGACGUUAUUCUUGUGUCUCUCGUUCCCUCUUUCCGCGCGUACGAGCCGCUUGUCUUCGGUCAGGAGCACCGCGACGCUGGCGUCGACCUUGUCGACUGUGAGCGAGAUGGGCAUCGCGCGUGGACGAGUGGAUGUGGUCGUGUGUUGUGACGACGUCGCGCAUGUUGCUCCCAGCCUUCGUGCCGGGCUGACAUUCGCUGACUCAUGGGCGGACAAAAGAGGUGCGAUCUCGCUUAGUUUCGCC